GGCGACGAGCUGGAGUCAGGUCAAGACCCCGAUGAGGACGACGAGCAUGCAGUUGAGCUUCCCUGAGACGGUUUCUGACAGUUUGUGCAGAAAGUGUUUGGUUAUGCAAACCAAUUGUUUCAGCAGCUGUCUGAGUGGCUGGUCUCAGACGAUCUUGGAGGUGAACCUGCUGGAUGUGGAGGUCCUGGGCUGGUGUGGUUACACGUGGUCUGCGGUUGUGAGGCCGGUUGGAUGUACUGCCAUAUUCUCUGAAACGCCUUUGGAGACGGCUUAUGGUUGAGAAAUGAACAUUCAAUGCACGAGCAACAGAUCUGGUUGACAUUCCUGCUGUCCGCAUGCCAAUUGCACGCUCCCUCAAUGCUUGUGGCAUCUGUGGCAUUUUGCUGUGAGACAAAACUGCACAUUCCAGGGUGGCCUUUUAUUGUGGGCAGUAUAAGGUACACCUGUGCACUACCCAUGAUGUCAGAUCAGCAUCUUGAUGUGGCACACCUGUGAGGUGGGAUGGAUUAUCUCAGCAAAGCAGAAGUGCUCACUAUCACACAUUUAGACUGAUUUGUGAGAAAUGUUUGAGAGGAAUGGUAAUAUUGUGUAUCUGGAAUGCAUUUUAGAUCUUUAAGUCCAUCUCAUGAAAAAUGGGAGCAAAAACAAAAGUGUUGCGUUUAUAUUUUUGUUCAGUGUAGCUUUUGAAGAAAGGAAAGAAUCAUACGGUUCUAUAUAAGAAAUGACAACAAGGAAGAAGGAAACACAGAUGAGAAAAGUGAUGUCUAAGGGGUUGGGAAUGUUUGAAACUCCUGCAGCCAGAGUAGGAUGUGUUAGUAGCUGAACUGGUCCACAAUAUAAACUGCUGGAAGAAAGAGAGAUAUGCAAACAGAGACAGACCGGAGUCUGAGCUUCAUGCAAUGGCAUUCAGGAGCUGCGUGCUUUUUGUGACGGUGCUUAGCCUACUGGAUACAGAGUCAAACGCACAAUCGAAUGUGUGUGGUCAAGCUCCACUUAACACCAGGAUAGUGGGGGGUCAGAACGCCCCCGUGGGGAGUUGGCCCUGGCAGGCCAGUCUACACUGGAAUGGUCAACAUGUGUGUGGAGGGUCCCUAAUCGACAAUAUAUGGGUGCUCUCCGCUGCCCACUGCUUCUUGAUAUAUAGCACAGAUACAAAUGACUGGACUAUUUAUCUGGGGCUUCAGGAACAACUUGUUUCAAACCCAAAUGUACAAGUCAGAAACAUCAGCCUCAUCAUUUCUCAUCCACAAUACAACAUUGUUACACAAGACAAUGACCUGGCUCUUCUGAAGCUCAGCAGCAAUGUAAACUUCACCAACUACAUCCAGCCCGUUUGCCUGGCACCCAGUAGCAGCACCUUCUACACUGGCACUGAGACGUGGUUCACUGGCUGGAGAACUGUUGCCAGUGGUUACUCCCUCCCCUCACCUAACAUCCUACAGGAAGCACAGGCACCAAUCAUUGGAAACGAUAAGUGUAAUUCUUAUUGGGACGGCGCCGUCACAGCCACCAUGAUGUGUAUUGAUCUGCUAGGAGGAGGAGAUGGCUUAUGUCAGGGAGACUCAGGAGGUCCACUGGUGGUCAAACAGGGGUCUGCUUGGAUCCAGGCUGGGAUUGGGAUUUCAUCUCUCUGCAUGGAGUCCUACUACCCUGGAGUCUAUACCAGGGUGUCUCUAUAUCAGGCCUGGAUCAAUUCUAUCAUCACCACCAACCAACCAGGAUUUGUGACAUUUACCUCCAGUGGGAUAAACAAUGACUCCUGGAAUUCGUUUCCCUCCAGUACCUCAAUUCCAACCACUGCCACCACUACUACCCCCACCACUGCCACCACCACUGCCACCACUACUACCCCCACCACUGCCACCACCACUAUCCCCACCACUGCCACCACCACUAUCCCCACCACUGCCACCACCACUAUCCCCACCACUGCCACCACCACUGACACCCUCACUACCACCACCACAGCAACCACCACUGCCACCACAACUGCCACCCUCACUACCCCCACCACUGCCACCACCACUAUCCCCACCACUGCCACCACCACUGACACCCUCACUACCGCCACCACAGCAACCACCACUGCCACCACCACUGCCACCACCACUGCCACCCUCACUACCCCCACCACUGCCCCCACCACUGCCACCACCACUGCCAAACCAGGUGUAUGUGGUCUAGCUGCCCUGAACAACAUUGGGAGCAGUGGGUCGGUGGCAGCAGGGACGUGGCCCUGGCUAGUCAGCCUGCAGAUGAAUGGGGUCCACAUCUGUGGCGGCACUCUCAUCACAGAGAAAUUCGUCAUGAGCGCAGCCCAGUGCUUCAACAGCUCUCAGCUUAAUAGCAGCCAGUGGACAGUGGUUCUGGCUAUGAAUGUGUCAGUGGAGGUGUCCAACAUCACUCUGAGCAACCUGCCGGGUCCCAACAUCGCUGUGCUCCGCCUGGCCACCAGCGUAAACCUGACCAACUACAUUCAGCCCGUAUGCCUGGAGCUGGACAAUACCGCCCUCAAAACUGGGACACAGUGCUGGGUGACGGGAUGGAGGGGCAUCCAGGGAGGAGUCCCAGAUAUUCAGCAGCAGAAUACAACAGUGGCAGAUUGUGGAGGCAGUGCAUCUUCUUCCAACAUCUGUAUCAGAGCUGUGACAUUGCAGCAGGGUGAUGCAGGUGACCCAUUACUCUGCAAACUGGGGAGCACCUGGUUCCAGGCUGCAGUGAUAACGACCAACACCUCCAGCACCAGCAGGGCCACCUCUCCCCCAGUACAGGCCUUUACUAAGAUGUCUCAAUUCAAAACUUUCAUCCUAAACACUGUUGGCAUUCUGUCCCCAAACUCUGCUGCAGCAAUUCGCUUCAACAUCAUCAUCCCUUUCCUGCUGCUUCUCCUCUCUCUCCCCACCCCACUCUCAUCCAUAUACCUUCUGCCCAUCUGAACCAAAUUUCAGGUAGCAGCCUAAUGUACUUGCAUGUGAAUGAUUAGCCAUUGGUGAUUGUGGCUGACUUGGAUCUCACAAUAGGAGACAUGCAGUAUACAGUAUGGCUGAUUAUGAGACAUGUUCAUAUUAAUUUAAAUACAUUUACCCUAUAUCUCAUUCUCUCUUUUUUGUAUGGUGCUCUGCCUUGAUCUUCAGAGUAAAAAACAAAAUGCAUUUACAGUAAAUGUUUUGCAGUAUGAUAUAAGCAGAUAUGCACAAAUGUGGCAUUGUGGGCACUGUUCCUAGACAGACACCAUUUUGCAUGCAUCUCCAUAUUUCUAUAUCAGAAAAUUUGAUCAAUAAUCACCGUACCUUUGUAAAAUAACACUCUUAUUAGUGGUAAAAAUUGUUUCACAGCGAGGGCAAGGACAGAGGCAAAUGCAUUAUUAAGGAAACUAUAAGCAGGGGCCAAAACGGAGUUGGCGAGGACAGAGGACACAGAGGUUUAUAUAGAUUCCAACCCCUCCCCUUGGGACAAUUAAUCUAACAAUUAUCUUCCUCAAUACAAUACAUCCCACAUACACAGUUCUAAAAUAUACCAUCCAAACCACAAUUUUAUUCGGAUUUAUUCAUAAUUCCAACAAGGACUAAAAUAUCAGUUUUAUUGUAAUAUGUAAAAAUUCUCCCCCCCCCUCCCCACUUGGUUUUACCCAACAAUUGUGAACACCCUUCCCCUCCCAAAUCACACAAUUGCAAUGGUACAAUCCAUGCACAAUCGUUUGUCAGAAUCCAUAGUGGAAGAGAAAUACCCAAGAUAUCUGCAUCCUCCCCAUCACUAUACUUAAUUUUAUAUAAUGUUGGCCAAUUAAUAUUAACAUACAGUAACAUAACAAUAUUGUCAGGUUCCAAUCCGUGACAAGUAUAAAGGUCACAGAUUCUGUUGCGUGGUGGGAAAGUAACACACUAAAGUGGUCAGGAGCUACAAAAGUUCCCGGUUGAGACGGCCCAGCAACUUGGAACGAGGAACUAGGUUCCUGAGCUUUGUUGGGAAAGCACCUUAACUAACCUUGGACUACUCAUAAUUGGCAUUGUUAGGUCUGAUCACUCGCAGCUAUAGCCCCAAACAUUUUUAAGCCUAGCCUUGAGUAUUUUUGCACUGAAAAAGUGGGAAGGGUCUGUUUGGAGAUGGAAAAAGGAGAUGUUACAGCAAAUCAACACACAGACUGUGUAACAGAACAGAACUUGACUUUCAGCGUCCGAAGGACAGGGGAGUAAUCAAGUGCUACACAGUGCACAAAAAGUUGGAAGUCACAUGCAUCCAAAUGAAGAACUCCAGUUUUAAAAACCUAUAUGUUUUCUCAAUUUCAGAGAGUUUGAGUGGUUCCUGUAUGAUUCUGUGUUUACUGAUUCUGUUCUGAUCCAAGACUCUGAGUCCUGUCCUCCAGAUGUCUGUCUGUGCCUCACUCCUCGCCUGACCUGUGUCUGUUUUACUGACUCUUUGCAUCCUGUUUUUGCUUGUACUGGCUUUGGGCCUGGAUUCCCUGGUCAUGAGUUUGCCUGCCAUUAAACCUUUUGGUUUUUUUUA